CCACCGUGCAAGAGACAUUUAAUUUUCUCUCUUCCAUCAUCAUUAUCUAUGAGGCCAUCUGUUGUAGAAAAUGAAUUCAGACUCAUUUGCAUGACUGAUAAGCAUUUUUUUUUUGUAUCUAUUUAACAGAAGGUCAUAUGCCAGGGAUUUGGAGCUGGUGAAAAAAAAAAGAAGUGGAGGAAAAAAAUCGUAUGGAGAGGAUGAGUGGGAGUGCGUGUGUUAGAGGAUGUAUGUGGAAGUAAAACAGAUCCCUUAGGCCUUCUAGCCUAUCGUGCUGCAUUUGCCAUUCCUGCCAGGGAGACAUUUUCCCCCUCAGCCUCUGCAUAGCGAAGAGAAAGGUGUUUCCUAUAUAGUCUGCUUGAAGCCCCUGGUUUUAUCUCUGGUUUUGGUGGGUGCAAGUUGAUUUGUUUUAUUCUAUAUCUAAGCAUUUUCGUAACAGUAUGUCCUUUUUUACUGUGUGGGAUCUGCAGUGUUCUCUAUGACGAUAUGGAGGCGGAUGCAGACGAGAAGCGCCAUCGCACACGCUCCAAAGGUAUCCGAGUACCCGUGGAACCAGUAAUACAAGAGCUGUUCAGUUGUCCAACACCAGGCUGUGAUGGCACCGGACAUGUCAGUGGCAAAUAUGCAAGGCACAGAAGUGUGUACGGUUGCCCGUUGGCAAAGAAGAGGAAAACACAAGACAAGCAGCCUCAGGAACCUGUUCCCAAGAGGAAGCCGUUUCUAGAGAGAAUGGACAACUCGUCAGUGGAUGAGUGCUAUGAGACGGAUGGGAUGGAGGAGGAAGAUGAGGAAGAUGAGGAGGAGGAGGAGUACUCUGAAGACAAUGAGGAGCAGAGGGAGGAGGUAGAGAGGGAGGAGGAAGAGGAGGAAGAGGAAGGAGUUGAGGAGGAAGAGGGAGAAGACAGAGGUGAAGAAGAGGAUGAGGAGGAGGAAGAAGAAGAUGACGACGAAGAAGACGACGAUGAUGACGAAGACCAGUGCAAUGAACAAGGUGUUCAGAUGGACUGCAGCUAUUCCAAAUCCAACCAAAUGGCUGAGAAGGAUGACAACAACAACACUGACUAUGACAAUUACGAUGAGCUGGUGGCCAAGUCCUUGUUGAACCUGGGCAAAAUAGCAGAGGACGCUGCCUACCGUGCCAUGACGGAGUCCGAAAUGAACAGCAACUCCUCCAACAGCAUGGAGGAUGAGGAUGACGAUGAGAACGAGAAGAACGCCAGGAAAAGCGAGCUGAGCCUGGACGUGGACAGUGACGUGGUUCGGGAAACAGUGGACUCUCUGAAGCUUCUGGCACAGGGGCAUGGGGUGGUGCUAUCGGACAACUAUCUGGAUGGGACAACGGCAGAGAGCAACAACAACAGCUGUAGCAGAAAUGCUGGAGCAGGCAUCCAGGGAAAGCACACCAGUAAUGGGCAGGUCGAGGAGAGUGAUGAGGAGGUGUGUCUGAGCAGCUUGGAGUGCCUGAGGAACCAGUGUUUUGACCUGGCCAGGAAGCUCAGUGAGACGCAGCCAGCCGAGAAAAACCACCAGCAGCAGACGCCCACUUACGCUGACUGCCAGCAGAUGAGCAAUGAGAACAAUGGAGUGGGAAGGAUGCUGGAGCGCAACUAUUCAGACAUGGUGAACCUCAUGAAGUUGGAGGAGCAGCUCAGCCCCAGGUCCAAGACCUUCUCCAGCUGCGCCCAGGAAGACGGCUAUCAUGACAGGGAUGAGGACACAGCCUCGGUGACCUCUGACCGCUCAGAGGAAGUUUUCGACAUGACCAAGGGCAACCUGACAUUGCUGGAAAAGGCAAUUGCCCUGGAAACAGAGCGGGCAAAAGCCAUGAGAGAUAAAAUGACCAUGGACAGGAGGGGCAGCAUGGGAAUGCUAGAUGAGCACAUUCCGAGGCAACACUGCGGAGAUGAGAGGAGACACAGAAUCCACGACGGCCACAUGAAGAAGACAUACUACCCGAAAGAUUCGUCUCGAGCUGAAAAGAAAGAAAGCAAGUGCCCCACGCCGGGGUGUGACGGGACGGGUCAUGUGACAGGGCUGUACCCUCACCAUCGGAGUUUAUCAGGGUGUCCUCACAAAGACAGGGUACCUCCAGAAAUUCUUGCAAUGUAUGAAAAUGUUCUUAAGUGUCCUACGCCAGGCUGCACAGGACGAGGCCAUGUAAAUAGCAACAGGAACUCCCACAGAAGCCUGUCUGGGUGUCCCAUUGCUGCUGCAGAGAAGCUGGCUAAGGCUCAAGAAAAACAUCACAGCUGUGAUGAAACAAAAUCCAACCAAGCAUCAGACCGUGUUUUAAGGCCUAUGUGCUUUGUAAAACAGCUGGAAAUCCCACAGUAUGGUUAUAAAAAUAAUGUCUCCACCACAACACCUCGCUCCAAUUUGGCAAAGGAACUAGAGAAGUAUUCCAAGACUACGUUUGAGUAUAACAGUUUUGACAACAGCGUCUAUGGAAAACGAGCCAUUGCACCCAAAGUCCAAGGCAGGGAUGCAUCUCCCAAAGGAUACGAUGCCAAGCCCUACUGUAAAAUCUCAAGUUCAGCAAGCAGCACGACAAGCAGUUAUGCUCCCAGCAGCAGCAGCAGCAACAGCAGCAUGAGCUGUGGAGGAGGAGGAGGCAGCAGUGCCAGCAGUACCUGCAGCAAGAGCAGCUUCGACUACACCCACGACAUGGAGGCCGCCCACAUGGCAGCUACCGCCAUCCUCAACCUCUCAACGCGAUGCCGCGAGAUGCCACAGAACCUCUGCACCAAGCCUCAGGACCCAUGCUCCAGGAACCCUGAUAUUGAAGUGGAUGAAAAUGGAACGCUGGAUCUGAGCAUGAACAAGCAGAGAGGCCGCGAUGGCAGCUGUGCUGUUCUGACACCUCUGGAGCCGAUGUCUCCACAGCGUCAGGCCAUGAUGAGUAGCAGGUGCUACCAAAUGAACGAGACGGACUGCUGGGACCUACCUGUUGACUACACCAAAAUAAAACCCAGAAGAGUUGAUGAGGAUGACCCCAGAGAGCCUGAAGACUUAGAUCCUUUUCAAGACACCUUAGAAGAGCGGCACUAUCCUGGAGAGAUCACCAUCCCCAGUCCCAAGCCAAAAUACCCACAGUGCAAAGAGAGCAAAAAGGAUCUGAUAACUCUGGCUGGCUGUCCCCUAGCCGAUAAGAGUAUUCGAAGCAUGAUGGCCAGUAACUCACAAGAACUCAAGUGUCCAACCCCUGGCUGUGAUGGCUCAGGGCACAUCACUGGAAACUAUGCUUCACACCGAAGUCUUUCAGGUUGCCCCAGAGCAAAGAAGAGUGGUAUAAAGAUUGCACAUAGCAAAGAGGACAAAGAAGACCAAGAGCCAAUCAGAUGUCCAGUUCCUGGGUGUGAUGGGCAGGGUCAUGUGACUGGGAAAUACGCAUCACAUCGCAGUGCUUCAGGGUGCCCUCUAGCAGCCAAAAGACAGAAAGACGGCUACUUGAAUGGAGCACAGUUCUCCUGGAAGUCAGGAAAGACGGAUGGCAUGUCCUGUCCAACACCUGGUUGUGAUGGGUCAGGACAUGUUAGCGGGAGCUUUUUAACACAUCGAAGUCUGUCAGGAUGUCCCAGAGCUACAUCAGCAAUGAAGAAAGCAAGGCUGUCUGGAGAGGAAAUGCUAACAAUAAAACAACGGGCAAGCAAUGGAAUAGAAAAUGACGAAGAAAUGAAACAGCUGGAUGAAGAAAUCAAAGAACUAAAUGACUCUAAUUCCCAAGUGGAAGCGGAUAUGAUUAGACUCAGAACCCAGAUUACGACAAUGGAGACUAAUCUGAAGUCAAUAGAGGAAGAAAACAAGGUGAUUGAACAGCAAAAUGAGUCUCUCCUGCAUGAGCUGGCCAACCUCAGCCAGUCACUGAUUAACAGUUUAGCUAAUAUCCAGCUCCCACAUAUGAAACCGCUGCAACAAAAAGAGGCUCCCCUUAGAAAUAACAGCUGUUUACAGUUGCAUCAGAGAGAGCCAAUAAAUGAACAGAAUUUUGAUGCUUACGUGGCCACUUUGACAGACAUGUACACAAACCAAGACCACUAUCAGAGUCCUGAAAACAAGACCCUGCUGGAAAACAUAAAGCAAGCAGUACAAGGGAUUCAGGUCUGAAGACUUGUUCGUGGAAGAAGACUUGCUGAAAAAAGGGAUGCCUCGUGUUUUGCUGCUGUAAUUUAUCGGACAGUGUUAAAUAUUUAUUUCUGUUACAAAAAGUGUUAUGCUUACAAGACUUCAUAAUGAUUUGUUUUUGUCUUGCUUUAAAAAUAGUUACCGCAGAAUAGUUUUUGAAAACAUUCACAUUUUGUACGUUUUCAUAUGAGCUGACAUAGUGUGAUAUGCCAUGUAAUGUUUAUAGCUGCUAAUGUAUGCACAUUUUUAGUGUAUAUUUCUGAACAGUAAGCAGAACAAAAAUAGGAUCCAAGUUCUUUUUAAUGGUUAAGUGAAGAAGCAUUUUAGUAUUAAUUACUGGACUGGUCAGUAAGCUUAGAAUGAGAAAAAUGCAAUGAGCAACCACUUUUUAAUUGUUAUCCAUUUUAUGGAAUUUUAAGAUGUUUUGUGUGCCGACUGUUUAAUAGCAAGAAGUGGUUGUAAAAUGCUUUAUUUUUUAACAAUGCUUGAAAAUAUUUGACUUUUGUUUUAAAUGGUCGGUGGUGGCAUUUAAAAUGAGGUUUGAAUUGGAAAUGAAAAGGAUAAACGAAAGUUUCAGUUUUAUUGUAAACAUCAUGACACGGAAACUUAAUGGUGGAAAUCCCAAUAUUUACAAAGCACGAUGUUAUGACUUUAAUAACCUAAUGUUCUGUGUUGUUAGAUCCCGAGAUGUCAUUUAAAUCAGACAGACUGAUGUUCAACAGCAAUAGAACCAUUAGACAACAUCUCUCUUAGCAUUAGUUCUUUUAGUCAAAACUUUACUAGUUUGAGUCAGUUAAUGUUUAAUGCAAUAUAUUAUAAAGAAUCACUUAUUUGAUAGAUAUGGGAUGCAAUCUACAUAAACAGUUUGGGAAUAUGCAAUUUCUUAUUUAUAGCAUAGUGGAAAAUGAAUCUUUUUACUAUAUGUAAAAUAUUAAUUUUUAUAUCAAUCUUUUAAUACAAAACUAAAAAAAUAAACAUGGACAUUCUGUUUAAAAGCUAAAGAUGCUUAUAUAAGUUUACUUUAUUUAUGUACAACUUUGCACAGGAACACCUUGGUUUCCAUGUUUUGAUGAUUUUACAGAAACUAGAGCUGUACUUGUGAGCUUAAAAAUAAGGAGAUGGUUUUUUGUAAAGUAGAAAAAAUAUAUCAGCGCGGGACUUACAGGGUCACUGUCCCCACAAAUGUGCCAGUAGACUAUUUGCACUUAUCCUAUAUGUAUAUAUAUCUUAAUAUACGGAGGUGUGCAAUUCCCAGUGUUGCUUGCUAUGUGACACAGAAUUUAAACAAAUAAUUGCUAGGGGCCACUAUGGUUUAGAUUACAUUAUCACUGAUGGAAACUACAGGGAUUAAAAAAAUAAAAAACAACAACUCUGUUAUUUCGUUUUGGUAUAUUAUACGGAGUAGACGAAAAUAAUCCCAGCUGCACUUUAUAUUGAAAUCACUGUACAAAAAACUUGCCGGUUUUCCCAAUGGACUUAAUAACUAGCUGGGAAACGAAUCUGUAAUUAUUGUGGAGCUUUGCAGCGUCAUGCCUGUGUGGCCCCCACCUUCUGUUGUGCUAUUAGUUGUAGCUGCCAUGUUCAGAAUUGCCUUUUCAAAGCUAACGCAAGGUGCUCACCUCAUCUCAUAUAUUGUACUUUGCACCCCCUUUUAGGGUUUCAUUCUACAUAACUGCAUAAGCCUUCUUCCACCGCAUUGUGUCUGCAGCUUCUUGCCAAUAUAGUAACGCUUUCAGUAGAGUAAUAGCUAGUAUCAGUUUUUGAACUCAUUAUUGUUAUCAUUACAAAGGAAAGGGAUUUUAAGCACAAAUCUGCUGCUCAUCUACUGGUGGUACAGAAUAUCAAAUCAGAAGUUGUCUGUGACUAUUUACAUAGCGAACACAAAGGUGUCACAUAUUAGAAUGCUGCAUUUUCAUAUGAAUUAUUGUGAAUUCAUCAGAGUUUAUUUAUUAUAACUUAUUCAUUUCUAAGUUAAUUUAAGUAACCAUUUAUUAUGACAGGAUUUUGUAUAAACGUGUGCUCUCUGUGGAACUGAAGUUUAAUUUAUUUUUGUACUACACGGCAUGAAUUUGUUGACAUUUUAAUUUUGCUAUAAAUGUGUGAAAUCACAAGUUGCUGUGAUAAUUCAUUUUUAAAUUGUGAACUUUGUACAAUUUUUGUCAUGCUGGAUGUUGACACAUCUUACUCUGAAUAAAGAAAACUGUGUUGCCACACUU